ACCGAGGCGAGGGCGUUCGCCUGCGCCAUUCGUAAUGUGUACUUCCGCCCGGCCUAAUGAGGUGGUGAAGUGUGUGCACGUGUGAUGUGGUGCUCCGUGUUCUUCGCAGAGGCGACCCUAACUGAUGGUUGGGGUGGACAUUAGAGGAAGAUGAGGGGACCGGCCAUGGGGCUCCCCCCGCGGCUGGUGUUAUCAGUGUUGGCGGGCCGCGGCCGGUCUUGCAUUCUGGGGUCCGGAACAGGGACUCGGAAGGACUGGCAAGCAAGUAACCGCCGAGGCUUCUCUGACUUCUCCAGGAAGCCGUUGCGUGAUUCUAAUUUCGAGGAGUCGCCCUCAUGGACAUCCAGAUACCGAUCGGAGCCUACGCGUCACAUAGCAUGUAAGAAAUCGGCCAGGAACCUGGUACGAGAUCUGGUGGAGCACCAAAACCCAUCCCGCCAACUUAUACUAGAGUGCAAUCCAGGUCCUGGAAUCCUGACUGGGGCAUUACUUAAAGCUGGUGCCAGAGUGGUUGCCUUUGAGAGUGAAAGGACUUUUAUUCCACAUUUGGAGUCCUUAAGGAGGAAUAUGUAUGGAGAGCUACAAGUGGUUCACUGUGACUUCUUUAAAAUGGAUCCUAGGUAUCAGGAAAUGGUAAGACCGGAUAUGAAUUCACAUGCAAUUUUUCAGAACCUGGGAAUAAAAGCAGUUCCUUGGUCAGCAGGUGUUCCUAUAAAAGUAUUUGGAAUCUUACCAAAUAAACAUGAAAGACGAGUACUUUGGAAAAUUCUGUUUGAUCUGUAUUCCUGCGAAUCUAUAUACAGAUAUGGACGAGUAGAACUGAAUAUAUUUAUUAGUGAAAAAGAAUUCCGGAAACUAAUAGCGACUCCUAAAAGGCCAGAUUUAUAUCAAGUAUUGGGUGUGCUUUGGCAAGUGGCUUGUGAAAUUAAGUUUCUUCACAUGGAGCCUUGGUCAUCGUUUAGUGUACAUAUGGAAAAUGGACACUUAGAAAAGUCAAAGCACUCGGAAUCAUUAAAUUUACUGAAACAAAACCUAUAUCUUGUUCGAAUGACUCCUCGUAGGACUUUAUUUACAGAAAACCUAAGUCCUUUGAACUAUGAUAUAUUUUUCCACUUGGUAAAGCACUGCUUUGGGAAACGCAAUGCCUCAAUAGUACACCAUUUACGUUCACUGAGUUCAGUUGAUCCGAUUAAUAUACUGAGGCAGAUAAGAAAAAACCCUGGAGACGCAGCUGGUAGAAUGUAUCCUCACGACUUCAAAAGACUUUUUGAAACUAUCGAGCGUUCGGAAGACUGUGUCUUUAAAUGGAUCUAUGACUACUGCUCAGAGGACAUUGAGCUCUAGGAAAAAAGUCUACAAGCCAUGAAUGAGCUGGAGCUGUUUGUUCAUUAGUUUUGAAAUUAUGUGACAAAUGAAAACUGAAUUUCAAGAAGUUCAUGUCCUUUUAACGGAAGAGACUCCUUGUUUGGCACAAAUGAAGCAAAUAAUUUCUUCUCAAGUUGAUACCUUUGAUGCACAGGAAACCAGUGGCUGCAGAUAGUCAAAGUUAAAUAGAAUAAAAACUUGUCAGUUUGACCAGAUGAAAUUUGUUUUAAGUUACUCUCUGCUGUAGGUCAAUGGUAAAACACAUACACAGUAUGUCCAAGGUUCUGGUUUUGCUCCCCAGCACAGGAAAUUUUUAAAAAAAUUUCUAUUUACUGUAAAGGCCCAUAGGUAUGGAGUAUUUCCAAUUGUAAUGUAGUUUACUUAAAAAAAAAAAAAGCCCAAAAAUCCUUUGGGCCAAACAUAUUUAAAUAUGCACUUUUCACCAUUGCCAAUUUCAUGCGUCUUCCUCCAGUUUCUGUACUGUUACACUUAGAAAAUAAAUUGAUUUGGGCAGACAUAGUGGUGUGAGUCCCAGGACUUGUUAGGUAGAGGGCCCAUCAUCAGUUAAAUGCCAGUUUCAACUGUAGAGUUGAGUUUGAGGUCAGUUUGGGCUAAGAAAAGACCCUGUCAAAAAAAACCAAAACAGCAUAUAAACCUAUUUCAGAACGUGAUUAGUUUAUCUUUUAUUAUGUUAAAGUGGAUUAUCAGGUACUAUGCAAUCCAAUUGUUUAAAUUUUAAAUUGUAUGUUUUUAAACGUUCUGAGAAAUAAAGAAUUUGUAUAUAGUUUA